CGGCGGCACUAGUGCAUCCAUUCAACGCCUUUGCUGUGAAAAGCUUGGCAAGCCAAGCGACGCAUUCUCUCGCACUUUGUCUACAGCCAGCGCGUGGGUCAAAUUGUGGACCCGUGCCUGAAGAUCUCGUGGAUUCUGGCAAACAUCCUAAGAACGCAAUGUCCAAACGCGGCUCAGGAUCAGCACCGAAUUCCCCAUCGAAAAAGAGACCAAAGGUUACGCCUGGUCAGCCCAGUCUCCUCAGGUACUUCGGGACCCAGUCAUCGCCAUCGCCUUCUAGUCCAUGGAAGGGACGGGUUUCCGUAUCUCCCGCGGCGCCGUCUGGGAAUACGAACAAGCAGCCAUCCGACGAUCACGCUCGCGGAACUAAUUCUGCAGGUCUUGAUGACGAAUUGUAUGCUUGGAAGCUGGCAGAACGCGAUGGUCUUGAUGCCAAUACACUGAAGAAGCUCGAGGAAGAUGCCAGUGCAUCAAAGAAGCGCGAGGAGACUGCCGGCAAAGCAGGACCGUCGACGGCGAUUUCCACAAAUUCUGUUGAAAUUAUCGAUGUCGACUCGUUUGAGAAUGAAACAAAUAUCCGUGCGCCAGCUGCGUCUCCCAGACUACCGCAGCGUACUCGCAGCUCGUCUGAACUUCCAAGAGAUAUUGAAGCUCAUGCAGGCCCAUCCUCUGGUCCGUCUGAAGCUCCCGUCCCAUUCUCCUUGGCUGGCUCUGUAACUGCUUCGAUUCCAGAGACAAGUUACGGCUCUCUUUCGGUCGAUCCCGCAUCAUUCGCCGUUCCUGACAUCUGGCCUGUAACGACUCCGGUCGCUUACUCAUUCCUCGCACAUACUCUCGCAACCGUUUCUGGAACCCGCUCUCGUAUUGCCAUUUCGAACACUUUGACGAAUUCCCUGCGGAUCAUUACGAAACAGCAUCCGCCAUCUCUUCUGCCAGCACUGUACCUCCUUUCGAAUUCCCUAUCACCACCGUAUUCGCCCAUCGAAUUAGGAUUAGGGCCAUCCAUCAUCACGAAAGCAAUUCAGCAUGUUUCAGGUCUGACACCCGUGGCUUUACGACGACUGUAUAACAAAACAGGAGAUCCGGGUGAUGUGGCAUUCGAGGCCAAGUCCAACGUCCGCACGUUGGUCCCGCACCCUCCGCUACUUAUAACGGGAGUCUAUGAAUCUCUGCUGAAGAUUGCCCACACAAAAGGGCAGGGAGCUACCAGUCAGAAGCAGAGAAUCGUAGAGAAACUGCUUGUCGCUGCCAGAGGAGAGGAGACCCGGUUCCUCGUCCGCACACUAUGUCAAAACUUGCGGGUUGGUGCCGUACGCAAUUCUCUAUUGACUGCCCUAAGCCGCGCGAUGGCUCUCACUCCGCCACACAGUCUUAUUUCAUCCAUUCCUCCGGACUCCCCUUAUUAUGUAACCCCAGAGCUACUAGCGCAAGUCAAACCGUUAGCUCCUGAUACGAAGAAAAAGGCUGCCAACCCAGCAAGGGAUAGCAUCAACUCUAUUUUCGCCAGCGCCGAGGCGCUGCUGAAGAGGAUAUACGUCCAGCAUCCUAACUACGAUCACAUCGUGCAGGCGCUCCUCGAAGUUGGGCUGGACGGCUUGCGCGACCGUCUGCCGCUCACUGUGGGCGUCCCACUCCUGCCCACACUGGGGUCACCUACUCGGUCUCUUGAUGAGAUAUAUGACAGGCUUGGUCUGCUUCCGUUCAGUGCAGAAUUCAAAUAUGAUGGACAACGUGCCCAAAUACAUGCCUCAAGGCGUGAUGGUACGAAUAUUUCUGUCCAAAUUUUCUCGCGCCAUUUGGAGGACAUGACAGACAAGUAUCCAGAUGUCGUUUCUCUCAUCCACGAUAUGUAUCAAGCAUCGUCUCAGAUGGAAUCCUUUAUUAUCGACUCAGAGAUCGUGGCUAUCAACCCGAGCGAUGGAGGCAUCAAAUCAUUCCAGGAACUCUCGAAUCGUGCACGCAAAGGAGUUAAACUUGAUGAUGUUAAGGUUACCGUUUGCGUCUUCGCAUUCGAUGUCAUGUACCUUAACGGACAGGUUCUACUAGAAAGACCCUUUCGAGAACGCAGAAUGCUACUGAGGUCGAAUAUUUCACCGUUUACCUCCGACCGGAAGGAUGCUGCCCGAUUCAGCCAUGUACAGAGCUGUGAGAGCGAAGGUGGCAGAGAAGCUUUGGAGGCAUUUUGGCAGGUUGCAUUGAAUAGCCCUUGCGAGGGGCUCAUGAUUAAGCUGCUCGAUAGCGGCGAUAUCCUGGAGGAAGUGAGCCAGAAGGAGAAAACACGGCGUAAGCCGUUGCCCGCUACGUAUGAGCCGGAUAAGCGCACAUCAGCGUGGUUGAAGCUCAAGAAGGACUAUGUCACUGGCCUUGGAGAUAGUCUCGAUCUCGUACCUAUCGGUGCCUGGCAUGGCAACGGCCGGAAGGCGCAGUGGUGGAGCCCAAUAUUGCUUGCCGUGUGGGAUCCUGAUGCCGGCAAGCUGGUAGCUGUCUGCAAAUGCAUGUCAGGCUUUACCGAUGUGUUCUAUAAGAGUUUGUCAGAGCGCUACCCGGAGAAUUCUGAUACUUGUUCUCCAGAGCCAUUGUGGGAACCAGAGUGCGAGACCGGAGGCCUGAGACCAGAAGUGUUCUUCAAGCCGCAGGAAGUUUGGGAGAUACGCGGAGCUGACGUCACCGUAAGCCCCGUGUCUGUAGCUGCGCUGGGAUUGGUAAACCCGAAGCGAGGGCUCAGUGUCAGGUUCCCCCGGUUCAUGAGGAUCAGAGAAGACAAGGGCCUCGAAGACGCGAGCACUCCAGGCUUUUUGGCAGACAUGUAUCGUAGGCAGCAGGCUACGGGUAAAGAUCAAGCGGGUGCAGAUGAUGGGGAGUUGGUGGAUGUGAGCGAAGAGUCAUCUGUAGAGAAGAGUGGAGAUGAAACAUUAUGAGCGCAACUUCAUGAAAUUGUAUUCGUUUACAAUCGUCAAGGGACUUGGACGAUCCUACGCG